UUUAAUACGCAAGCUGAACACCCAAACAAAAAUUAUUUGCCAAAGUCGUUUUUACACCAAAUUGUGCUUGCAGAAACGAGCUUUCAUGCCAUAGAUGAAGUGCCACAUUUAAGUUGAAUUAUGUUGAACGUGAGCUGCAUAUUUUGAGGGGGAAUUGGCCGACAAAAUUAAUAGUUCGGCCACGGCGGAAACUAUAAUUGGGAUUGCGGCUGUAGUUGGGGAAUAACAGAUACACCUCCCGUUGAAACAUGCAUUCUGGAAGUGACAAGAUGGGUGAAGAAAUGGCGGCGAGAGGAAGCAACGAUUAUGACGAAGAUGUUGGUAGAAUUCAGAAAGCUGUUGAGGAUCUCUAUGCCUUCAGGGACCACUUCUUCGAGAGGAACAGCAUUGACCGAGCCAUACACAAGAGUGACGAACUUGGCCAAGAGCUCAAGAAAGUCAUUGAACUCUUGGAUGAGUUACAAAACCAAAUCAAGAAUCGGUCGGAGUACAUGCUGCAGCGAGGCAAGGCCCUCAACGUGAUGCCAGACUUCAGCCCAGAGGCCCUGGAAUGUCUCUCCAAAGCUGUCAAAUUGGAUCCCAAAUCAGUAGAGGCAUGGAACCAGCUAGGAGAGUGCUACUGGAAGAAUAAAGACAUUGAGGCUGCACGGAACUGCUUCACUGGUGCCCUGAACCAUUCAAGGAACAAGGUAUCCUUGAGGAAUCUCUCCAUGGUGAUGAGACAGCUCGGGAAAACCCAGGAGGAGAAGGCAAAAUUCAUCCAGGACAGCGUGGAUCACGCCAAGGAGGCUGUCCAGCUAGACUACACCGACGGCACAUCAUGGUUCAUCGCAGGCAAUGCGUAUUUGACAGUUUUCUUCAACGGUGGUCAGAAAGCUGGUGUCCUGAAGCAGUGUCUUGGAGCAUACUCACAAGCGGAAAAGGACAUGAUACAAAGAUCUAAUCCUGACCUUUACUUCAACAGAGCAACAAUUUUCAAGUUCCAAGAAGACUACAAGGCAUCGUUGGAUGGCUACCGGAUGGCUCAAUCGCUAGACCCCACCUGGCCAGAACCACAGGAGAAAUUGUCAGAGCUUGUCACUUACCUGCAGAAUGUUACACAGUUAGUUCAACAGAAGGGUAAGCUAAAAGCCAAGCGUCUGCAGCAGUUGCUAGCAUCAAUCAAAGAGAGUGACCUGGGCCCCUUCGGUGGGGGUUCCUACACCCCACCCAAGGGGGAUCCAGUCAAGCUAGAGCCCACCUCUCUCUCCAGACUAAGCCCGGGAGCAAAUCCAGAGAAAGUGGUCCUCGGUAAAGUGGUGUGCAGCGUGGUGACCGAUGAACCCAUACCUUUCACAUUUGCAAUAUUGGAUGCUGAGGGAUCAUGCUUUGCCGUCAACAUUUACAACAUUGCUAAAGGCCAAGGGGUGAUCAUUGGCGAUUCUGUGGCCGUCCCUGAACCAUUCGUCCAACACAAUGACUUUGUGUUUGAUAAAACAAAUGUCAAUUUUUCAAGCAUCCGAGUGGACACACCUGUGGCGCUGGUGGUCAACGGCAAGAAGCUAGGACUUGAGAAGCAAGCUCCUGCAGUGGUCUCGCUGUAUGCCAAGAGUGAAUGAGCUUAGGAAAUGCUAGCCUCCAAACUGUUGCUAAACUGCUGCGUAGACCCUUUGAAAACAAACAAGAGCACUGAGUUGCCUUAAAUAGUGUGGGUCAGUGAAGGGAUGCCACAUUUCACUGAUUCAGGUGGCUUUCUCACAGUAGCAAAAUCAGUGAAUUUCCAGACCAGACUUAGCGUGACAACAAAGUAAAGUCGUACACACGUAGCUUUGGUUCUAAUCCUUUUGUUGAAGGCUAUUUCUCAAACUCCCAUUUUUGCCGCAUCUUCAGCGCCAGGCUUCAACAAGGUCCCCAACUUUGGAGAGUUUACAACCUGGUCCCCAACUUUGGCAUUUGACAACAAGAUCUUCAACUUUGGGGAUUUUAGCUCAACGUGGGUUGUGCUUUUACUUCAAGAACAUCAACACAGUGUGAUUUGAAGAGGUCUUCAGAUUGGUUCAAUCAAAGCCCAACAAGUGCUUUGGGCUUUAGAGAAAUAUUUUGAAAAGCAUUGACUUUUAAUUAUUUAUUUGCAAACCAUCAUAUUUUUAAAAAUUUCAUUAAUUUUUUACAAAAGAAGUUUCAGUCGAAAUGCUAGAGUUACUUCAGUAGAGUAUUUCAGUCCAGAUUUUAUCACUUUUGCCAAGAAAAUCAUUUGCAUUGUUUAAGAAUUUGGAAGGGGUGCACUGCAUAGUUGGUUCUGUAGGUAAUCCAGCAAUUUGGCAUUUUAAUCUCCUGUUAGAAAUAAGGCUAUCAAGGGAAAAUGUCAAGUCAUUCCGUUUUUGAUACUCAGCAGACUCAUGCGAGCUUUCCAAUGAUUCGCUUUCCAUCCAUUUCAUGUUCAGUAAGUAUUUACUUGAUCAAAUAAAACUGAAGUUUUACACAUGCAACAGACAUAUCGGGGCCAACAGUGCACUCACACCAAGGCAGCUUGAUGAUGGGACUUGUAAUGUAUUCUGAUAUUGGCAAAAACAUUUUCUUGGGUGAGAGGCAAGCUCGUUGCUGCAUGAUGCGUUGUUUGUAUAUAAAUUGUUCAAAGUGUAUAUGGUUUCAUGCAGGAUGUAUAACACUGUUUGAAGUUGUGAGAUAUGAAUAAACUUUGCACAAGCCAUUGUUUUUUA